AUGGCCAUCGACGAGGUCACCUCUGCGCCACAGGUGACGGAAACCGCAGCCGGGGACAACCAUGACAAGAUUACUCCCAAGACGGACACAAACCCUUUGAAGAAGUUCGGCAAGAAGAGUGGCACGGGCAAUGAAGAUCCAGAGAAGGAUGGAAUUGGAGGAGAUACCCCCCCGCUAGAAUUGCAGCGGAAGCUGAAGAGCAGACAUUUGCAGAUGAUUGCUAUCGGUGGUACAAUUGGAACGGGUCUGUUCAUCAGUAGCGGAACUGCUAUCGCACACUCGGGCCCAGCAGGUGCUCUCAUCGCUUAUAUCUUCGUUGGUACUAUCGUGUUCUCGGUCAUGUCGUCGCUAGGUGAGGUCGCAACAUACCUUCCAAUCUCCGGUUCUUUCACUUCCUACACGGCACGACUCGUGGACCCUAGUCUGGGUUGCGCGAUGGGUUGGAUCUACUGGUUUAACUGGGCAUCGACGUACGCUGUGGAAUUGACUGCUACCGGCCUGAUCAUUCAAUAUUGGGACCAUCAAUUGUCUAUAGCGAUCUUUAUUGCCAUCUUUUGGGUGGUGAUAACUCUGCUCAAUUUCCUGCCAGUCGGAUUCUAUGGAGAACUCGAGUUCUGGUUCUCGAUGAUUAAAGUGGUUACCGUCAUCGGAUUUAUGAUUUUCGCUAUCUGCAUCGACGCUGGUGUUGGAAAGCAGGGUUACCUUGGAUUCCACACAUGGAAAGAACCCGGAGCAUUUGCCCCUUACCUAGUCGACUCUUCGAAGCCGAUUGCCAAGUUCAUCGGCUUCUGGGCUGUGCUAGUACAGGCUGGAUUCUCCUAUCAAGGUACUGAGUUGGUCGGUGUUGCAGCUGGUGAGACGGAGAACCCGGAGAAGACCGUUCCCUCCGCUAUCCGCAAGACCUUCAUCCGUAUUCUGGUGUUCUUCGUCCUUACCAUCUUCUUCAUGGGCUUGCUCGUCCCCUACGACAACCCUAACCUCAUCACCGAUUCCAACGACGCCUCCGCUUCCCCCAUGGUCAUCGCCGCUAAGCUCGCCGGCGUAAGCACCCUCCCCAGUCUAAUCAACGCUGUGCUCCUGACCGUCGUCCUCUCGGCCGCAAACUCCAACGUCUACAGUGGCAGCCGUGUCCUCCUCGGUCUGGCCCAGGAAAAGUUCGCCCCCGCCUGCUUCGGUUGGGUCACUCACCGCGGUGUACCAUACGUCAGCGUCGCCUUCACAGCCGCCUUCGGCCUCCUCGGUUUUAUGAACGUCUCCGAGUCCGGUGGAAAGGUCUUCAACUGGCUAGUUAACAUCUCCAGCGUGGCCGGAUUCAUCUGCUGGACAGCCAUCAGUCUGAGCCACUUGGCGUUCAUGCGCGCCCUGAAGGCCCGCGACAUCUCCCGCGAUACCCUGCCCUACAAGGCCGCCUGGCAGCCCUAUCUGACCUGGUACGGACUCUUCUUCAGCAUCCUAAUCAUCCUGACCCAAGGAUUCACCGCGUGGAUCCCCACCUUCAACGUCUCCGAUUUCUUCGUUGCUUACAUCUGCGUCAUCAUCUUCGUGGUCCUGUACGCCGGACACAAGCUUUGGUUCCGCACCGGCUUCGUACACCCCCUCGAAGCUGAUCUCCAGAGCGGACGACUCCAAAAUUACUCAUGGGAGACGGCCCGCCCGAAGACCUGGCAGGAGAGGCUUCGUGAGAGUAUAUAA